AUGACAGCCAAACACUUUGUUGGUGGCAGCCCGGCCGAAUUGGUGGUAGAUGCGCUAGAAAGUCUUGCUCAGCUGCGACCAGGAAUCCAAUUUGAUAAGCAGCACAAAAUCGUCUACUCAACGCUCCAUGACCCCUCCAAGCAUGUAGCACUCGUCUCCGGCGGCGGCGCAGGCCAUGAGCCUGCCCACGCCAUGUACGUCGGCCCAGGCAUGCUGAGCGCUGCCGUCUCUGGCAACAUCUUUGCCUCGCCAAGCGUGAACCAGAUCUACAGCUGCAUCCGCAACGCCAACGGGGAUGCCGGGACCGUCAUCAUCGUGAAGAACUAUACGGGGGACAUCUUCCACUUCCACCAGGCGGCGCAGAAACUCCGUGCCGAGCUGGGGAUAAAAGUCGAAGUUGUUGUCGUUGGGGACGAUGUCUCUCUUCAGAGGAGUAAGGCUGGAAAGGUCGGGAGGAGAGGGCUGGCCGGUACCGUGCUGAUGCACAAGGUCUUGGGCGCUGCCUCGGCGGCUGGCAAGUCUCUUGAGGCCGUGGUCGAGUUAUCGAAGAAUGUGAACGCUGGUUUGGCCACGGUCGGUGCCUCGCUUGACCAUGUUGAUAUACCUGGCCAAAGCACAGAUGCUCAGAUUCACCUUGCUGCAGAUGAGCUUGAGCUGGGCAUGGGAAUUCAUAACGAGCCUGGAGCUGAGCUGCUGAAGCCGAAACCGGGACUCAACGACUUGCUUGACAAAAUGCUCGGCUAUCUCCUGGAUACCAGUGACUCAGAGCGGGCGUAUGUUAAUGUUGCACCAUCUGAUGAUGUGGUUUUGAUGGUCAAUAAUCUGGGAUCGCUAUCCGUUCUGGAGCUUGGCGCUAUUACGAUCAAUGUCACACGACGACUAGGGAACCGCGGUAUCAAACCCGUAAGAACGUACAGCGGAACCUUCAUGACCAGCUUGAAUGGGCCUGGCUUUAGCAUCACCUUGCUCAAAGCAGAUGCAGAACUUCUACAGUAUCUUGACGCUCCUACAUCAGCGGUCGGCUGGUCCGUCCCUUAUAUUUCCCCAGAAGAGCGAAACGCGACCGGUAGGGUCAUUGCGACUCAGUCAACUGAGAGCAAGGCGGAAAUCGUAGCCAAGAGCACGUCAAGCGCGAAAGUUGAUGGAAAAUUGGUGCGUUCAGUUAUCAGCAGCGCCUGCCGGGCUGCAAUUGCUGCCGAACCGUCCAUCACCGAGGCUGACACUAUCGUUGGCGAUGGCGAUUGUGGCCUGACACUCAAGCGUGGCAGCGAGGCCGUGUUGAAACUAGUAGAAGACCCUUCAGCCUCCGAGGACAACAUCCUUGAUCUUAUGAUCAAGAUCGCUCACGAAGUUGAAGAAAAUAUGGAUGGCACCUCUGGAGCUAUCUACGCUUUGUUCUUCAGUGGACUUGCUGCUAAGCUGAGAGAUUUAGAUAGCUCAGCGACAAUGGGGCCGCAGGAGUGGGCUGUAGUUGCGCUCGGAGGACUCGAGACUAUCCAACAGGUGACGCCUGCUCGGGCUGGGGACCGGACUUUGAUGGACGCGCUAGAACCUUUUGUCGAAUCACUCAAAUCCGGGAUCAAUCAGGGAGUAGAAGCCGCAAGAAAGGGAUCGGACUCAACCAAGGGGAUGAAACCGGCGUUUGGAAGGGCUGUCUAUGUCAAUGAACAGGGUUGGGAGCAGGUCCCAGAUCCCGGAGCCAUGAGUAUACUCGCGAUCGUAGAGGGUAUUUCAAAGGCUUUAGCUGGGACCCAAUAG